AUCGUUCAUUGCUUCAAUUGCUUUUUACUUGCAGUCUGGUGUGGACAACGAGACAAAGUCAUGACGUUAGCGGUUUAUUGGUUCAAACUAGCAGUGAAUCUGCGUUAAAGUGGCAGUCUGUGGCUUAAGCUCAAUCAAUGAUCAGUGCGAUAUACCCGAUCCUGAUAAUCGAAAAGUAGAGUGAUAGCAUACUAAAGGAGUUUGAUAAAACAUAAGCAAGAAAAUAUAUUUCAGAAACGUGCAUGGACUUAGUGAUAUAGUAGCAAGUGCAAAAGCUGGUGUACAUUGUGUUCUGUUACAAAUUUGAAAUGUGAAAAUUUGAAUUCCAAUGAGUGAAACGUGUAAAAGUGUUCGAUUUGUCUGUGGAAUUGACAUGUCUUAUUAGAUCGACACCUAUUUUACAAUCGUCGCGGGUGAUGAUUUUACCAUUUGCCUACCUUCACCCACUCUAAGAAUACACGUGGAUAAGCAUACUUCUUUUACAAGAGGAAUAGAAACGACCAGUGGGUGGCUCCUGGCAAUCAGCGCAAAUAUACGACGAAAAAAAAGCGUGCAACGACAACAGCAUUGAACAGGUCGUCCUCAGCAGGACAGUUAGUAAAGCGACGACGAUGGAUGACAUCAAGGCAGCCCUGGCAGAUGCUGAUCCUUUUAGCAGCUGGUGGCCAUUCGUUAUUUCCGGAAUCGUUUUUCUGAUCAGCACAAUCAGGAUGUAUAUGGGCGGACAGGCUUGCCCCAACUCGAAUUUGGUACGCGACCAGGUGAUUAUCGUGACCGGAGCCAGCGGUGGCAUUGGUCAGGCACUGUGCAAAGAGUUGGUGCGUCGGUCGGCUCACGUCAUCAUGGCCUGCCGGGACCUGGAGAAAGGCGACCGAGCUCGUCAAUCAAUCAUCCGGGAAAUUCCGGGCGCUUCGUUGGAGUUGGUCCCGCUGGAUUUGCGGUCAUUCGACUGCGUACGACGGUUUGUGCGGGAGGUCGAAUCAAACCACCGGCAGAUUGACGUGCUGAUCAACAACGCGGGCAUCAUAUUUCACCCCGAGCAGCGAACCACCGAUGGAUUCGAGAUGCAUUUGCAGUGCAAUUAUUUAGGACACUUUUUGCUAACUCAGUUGCUGAUGCCGCUGCUCGAACGGGCCCCGCAAGGACGGGUAAUUAAUGUGUCCGCCCAUGGGUACACGGCUGGCAAGAUGACCAUCGAGGAUCCGCUGAAUGUUGGCAGCUGGGCGCCCGGGUUCCAUGCCCGAGAUGCAUUCUCGCACUCCAAGCUGGCGAUUGUUCUGGCCACCCGAGCCAUGGCCGGACGACUGAGAAAGGCCAAGUCAAAAGUAACAGUCAACGCUUGCAGUCCGGGGUUGGUGCGAGGUACGGAACACCUUCGACACUCGCCAAUCAUGAGGGCAUUAUUUGCCCGCGCUCUUACCUACCCGUGGAUGUGGCUAUUCAUGAAGAAUCCUCACCAGGGAGCUCAAACGAUGGUACGGCUAGCAACGGAUCCAGAACUGUGGCAGGUGAGCGGAGAGUUUUUCAAUGAUUGUGAACAAACCGACGUCUCAGAACUGGCCAAGGACGAUUUGCUGGCGGAGAAACUAUACAAAGAAACCAUAAAGGCGCUGAAGUUGGAGUGAUGGAAGUUCUUUUGUUCUAUCAUGAUAGAAGAGACUUAUUUUAAGAGCUAACUUAUUUUAAUAGAAUUUUAUAUCAGCCAAAAUAAAUCACCAUUUCCAAUCAACAAUAAAGCCCUAU